AAUUUCUGCUUCCCCAUUCCGCCGACGUUGGAGAGUGAGCGCGUCAAGUUGGUGCCUUUUGAUGUAGGUUUUCAAAGAAUUGAAAAACAUAAUUAUUGAUCUCGUUGCCAAGCUCGCUGUUCAUACGAGGCUACUAGUCAGAGUCUGCUCUGAUGUCGGCCUCUACGAUUUCGUUCCCUUUGGUCCGUUCAAGGAUGAAGAAGAGUUCAUCGCUUCUUUCUGGAACAAGAGGAUGAAAAACGACAUUGGAAUGACUUUGUUCGCGGUGUACGAUACGACCAAGUCGGGGGAGUCGGCGUAUGCAGGAGUCAUCGGUUAUCUAAACUCGUCAGCCGAAGAUCUAGUCGCAGAAAUAGGUUUCGUGAUUAUCGCUCCGACGUUUCAUAAAACGCAUGUAACGUCCAACGCCGUCGGACUGCUCAUGAAAUAUGCACUGGAUGUGCCGGGUGAAGGUGGCCUUGGUCUGCGUCGAGUGGUAUGGCAAGCCAAUGCAGCCAAUACUGCCAGCGUCAGGACGGCAAAAAGGAUGGGGUUCCAGCAAGAAGGGAUUUUAAGGUGGCAUAGAGCGUGGCGUACAUCCAAGGCUCGCGGUGGGAACGGCAUUUCCGUGAGAAAAGGGGAUCCUAAGGAGGACGGAUUUCCGCUGGGACGAGAUACUGCGAUUCUGAGUAUAUGUUGGGAUGACUGGGAAGGCGGAGUGCGAGCACAUGUUGAGGCGACAAUGGCGCGAACGAAAUGAACAGUUAUUCCUGUUCAAGAAAAUGUUCUCUGGCAACUUGAAGUGGUGGAUGAUAAUCACAUACAAGAACGUCUUGUUCGGACCACCUGGAGACUCAUGAGAUAAGAAUACGAGGACAUAGAUUACUUUGUAUUCAGCGCCGCCGCAAUGUUAUUUGU